AUGGAGUUAAGACCAUACAACACCAAUAAGCUUCAAGACAGAUCAAAGCGAUGUGCUUUCCUUUGUUACUCCCCAACACAAAGCGCAUACUACUGUCUGGAUACUGCCACCAUUGGGAUAUAUACAUCGAGACAUGUUCAGUUUGUUGAGACAGAGUUCCCUUUCAAAACAGAGGCUACUAAUGCCAAGUGUAGUGUUGAGAAAUCGUUAGUGGAUGUGCCUUCUAUGAAUACACCUAUCUCAGUCAUACCGGUUUCAAGAAUGGGAUCCCCGAGCAAUGUCCUUCACCAAGCGCCAACACCUCAGGUAUCACCAUCCCAAUCUCUUAACUCUCUCUCUUCUUCAACCUCCGAGCCCACGGCUCAUUCUCAAAAUGAGUUAAACCCCAUGGCUCAGCCAAACCAAAUGUCCACUGAGCCUACUGCUCAACAUAAAAAUGAGUCUCAACCCCAGGCUCAGACGCAACUCAUCGCUGUUCACAACGAAGUAUCUUCUGGUGUGGCCGUUAAGAACGUCCCAAAGGACAUCUUGUUGCGAAAGGCUAUACACAACAAUAUGGUGUGGAUUAUUCAGAGACUUUCAGUCCGUCACAAAGUCUUGGAUUGUAAAGCAACUGGAUACUAUAAUGCAUUCCUUCAGGGUGAUCUUACGGAAGUUGUUUACAUGAUGCAGCCUCCUAGAUUUGUGGAUAAGGACAAACUUCACCAUACACUGACGUAUGUGCUCGUCUACAUCGACGAUAUUCUCGUCACUGGAAAUAAUAAUGGGUUCGUCCAACAAGUUCUCACAUCAUUUGCUGAGAGAUUCUCCAUCAAAGACCCGGUGGAUCUUCAUUACUUUCUUGGAAUAGAGGCCACUCGAACUACAAAGGGAGUUCAUUUGAUGCAACAUAAGUACAUAAGAGACCUCCUGCAGAAACCCAACUUGACAGAUGCCAAACCAGUGUCAACACCGCUGCCUGCUCAACCCAAACUUACACUUCUAGGAGGGACUCCACUAACGGAUGGAUUACAGUACCGUUCAGUAGUAGGAAGCCUGCAGUAUCUUGCAUUCACAAGACCUGACAUCUCCUAUGCUGUAACUCUCCUAUCACAGUUUAUGCAUCAACCAACAAUUGAGCACUGGCAAGCUGUGAAACGUGUACUAUGCUAUCUUGCAGGAACAACAACACAUGGUAUCUUUCUUCACAAUAAUACACCUAUUACUCUACAUGCUUUUUCAGAUGCGGACUGGGCCGGCGAUAUAGAAUUACGGAUUGACAUUCCUCAAGCUCAUGUGAUCUACUGCGACAAUAUUAUAGCAACAUAUCUUUGUGCUAAUCCGGAAUUCUACUCUCGCAUGAAGCAUAUAGCGUUGGACUAUCACUUCAAGAGGAAGAUGAUUCAAGCUGGAAAACUACGUGUAACACAUGUCUCUACAAGGGAUCAACUCGUUGAUACACUUAGGAAGCCAUUACCGCAGAGCCUAUUCAACACUGCUUGUAGCAAGAUUGGAGUAUUGGAGCUACUCAUAAGGAACAGAGAUAUGGUGUUCAAUGAGGUAAAGGAAGGGAAAAUCCCUAAAGAUCGUCUCACUCUCCACAUGCUCUAUGAGGAGAAUGAUCCGUUGGCCAAAUUUAGAGAGAUUCAGCUUAGGAGGUCGAGGUCUCAAAGAAGCAGCGACGAAAAUCAUUGUACAGCGAAAUCCACAGACACCGGAAUAGAUCCAAAAGAAGCAGCCAAGAGACUCAACCUAGAGUGGGAUUCAGCUGCUGCAAUUGAAGAAGCUGCCGUCGAUAAUGAUGACACUGGAGUAGCCAGCAAAGCAAUGGGUUAUGGAGCUUGUACUUAG